AUGCAGCUGACUCGCGACGAAGUUCAGAAACAUAACAGCAAAGACUCCUGUUGGGUCGCAAUACAUGGAUCUGUCUACGAUGUGACCGAUUUCGUCGACUUACACCCAGGCGGGCCCCAUGUCAUCCUCCGCUGCGCCGGGAAAGACGCCACGGAGGACUUCGACUCCGUGCAUGAUCAGGAGCUCCUAGCCCAGUCCUUACCGUCUUCUGCCUUUCGUGGCCAUCUCGAGCCAGGGUCCCUGAGCAAAUCGAGCAAUACCAACGAGCACGUACCCGAAAUCAAGCAAACCGAUGACUCGCCACCUCCGUUGACGACCCUCAUCAACCUCUACGACUUCGAACACCUCGCGCAGAAACAUCUCCCGCCUAACGCCUGGGCGUACUACUGCUCCGGCGCGGACGACGAGACCAGCAAGCGUCAAAACGCCAAGGCCUACCAGAAGAUUUCGCUUCGACCGCGCAUCCUGCGAAGUAUCCGGGCCGUGGACACGAGUACGUCCAUCUUGGGUAAAUCGGUCUCGUUACCGGUGUAUAUGAGUCCGGUGGGGAUUGCGAAACUUGCGCAUCCGAAUGGUGAGCGGGCCCUUGCUGCCGCGGCGGGCAAGGAAGGGGUGGCUCAGGUGCUGGCGAACGGGUCGAGUUUUCCCAUUGAGAGCGUGAUGAAGGCUCGCGUGCGAGAGGACCAGCCGCUGUUUGCGCAGCUGUAUGUUAAUAAGGAUAUUAAGAAAUCGGAGGACACGGUGCGCAGAGCGGAUGCCGCUGGGGCUGGCGCGAUCUGGAUAACGGUAGAUUCGCCGGUGGUUGGAAAGAGGGAGAUGGAUGAGAGAUUGAAUCUACAGGUCCAAGCUCGGGACAACCCAGCUACCAAGGGGCAGGGUGUUGCUAAAACCAUGGCAAGCUCUAUCUCCCCGUUCAUCGACUGGGAUAUUCUUACGUGGAUACGCGGCCUUACCUCCCUGCCUAUCGUCAUCAAGGGCAUUCAAUGCGUCGAAGAUGCCGUUCUCGCAUACGAGAACGGGGUACAAGGAAUUGUCUUGUCCAACCAUGGUGGCCGUUCCCAGGACACAGCACAACCACCACUUCUCACCCUUCUGGAAAUCCGCCGCUACGCGCCUCACCUGCUUGAAAGCAAGAUGCAGAUCUUCAUCGACGGAGGCAUCCGUCGAGGCACUGAUGUACUCAAGGCACUCGCAUUGGGCGCAACAGCUGUUGGACUAGGCAGGCCUUUCCUCUAUGGACUUGCGAGCGGCUACGGUGAGGAAGGAGUUCGACGAACUAUUGAGAUCCUGAGACAGGAAAUCGAGUCCAACAUGGUCUUUAUGGGUGUGAAGUCGUUGGAGGAGCUAGGCCCACAGUUACUGAACACAGCCCGGUUGGAGAGGGCUAUGGUUGGGUCCGUGAAGUUAUGA